CGCCGUUCCCCGCAAAGCAGCGCUCCAAGUCAAGAAGCCUAUUAAGACUGAGGCCCAGCGAGUCAUCGUGAUGUGUAAAACGAAGCUUUCUCGUGUACUUGAAGCAUCUAGCUUUAUUACUUGUCUGUCCAUGAAAUAUCCAUAUCGUUGACAAGGGCACGCCAUCCUCCAUCUCAUCACUCACCACCUGACCGCUCUAGUAGCAACGUGCAACAUGUCAUUGUCUCACACUAUGAACUUCUCAAUCCCGGACGACCUUAAGAUAUACCUCGCAGAUCUUGAUAAGUUCAUCGACGAGAAAAUCACCCCGCUCCAAUACAAAGGCGACAACAACCGCUUCUUCGAUCACCGCCGGGAGCAUGCACGAACCGACUGGGAUAACGGCGGUUUGCCGCGCAAGGAAUGGGAAGAUCUCCUAACAGAAUCGAGAAAGCUUGCCGAUGAAGCUGGGUUUUACCGAUUAUCUCUACCAGAGCAAUAUGGUGGACAAAACACCCCAGACGGACGUGGCAGCAACCUUUGGAUGGCGGUCAUAAGAGAGCACCUUGCAGCAAAGGGUCUAGGUCUAUUUAAUGAUCUUCAGACCGAGCACUCCAUGGUUGGAAAUUUCCCAGAUGUAAUUAUGCUUAUGAAUUUUGGCAAUGAGCAGCAGAAGAAGGAGUUGAUCCCGCUACGACUGCAGGGCAAGUUUAGGAUGACGUUUGGUUUGACGGAGCCGGGACACGGUUCGGACGCAACGCAUAUGGCGACGAAAGGGCGACUAGAGACGAGGAAUGGCGUCAAAGGCUGGCUACUAAACGGAUACAAGAAAUGGCAGACGGGCAUGCACCAUGCUACGCAUUGCUCUAUCUUUGCACGGACAUCAGGCAAGGUCGGCGAAGUAAAGGGCAUCUCCUGCUUCAUUGUUCCGAGGGAAACUCCCGGUCUCGUAGCAGAAUCGUACGAAUGGACACUCAACAUGCCCACAGACCACGCAACUGUUUCGAUAAAGGACGUAUGGGUACCCGAAAGCGCCGCUCUAGGUCCCAUCCACAACGGUCUCAGCGUCGCGCAAGCCUUUGUCCACGAGAACCGCAUUCGACAAGCUGCCUCAUCCCUCGGCGCAGCCGUAUACUGCGUGCAACAAUCGGUCGGAUAUGCGAAUGACCGAGCUCCCUUCGGCACACCCCUCUCGCACAACCAAGGCAUCCAGUUCCCGCUCGUCGAACUCGCAACGCAAUGCGAGAUGCUGCGACAGUUGAUUCGGAAGACAGCGGUGGAAAUGGAUUCCAUGCCCCACAACGAGAUUGAGAAGAGAAUUGGAGACAAGGUGUCCAUGUGUAAUUAUUAUGCCAAUAGGUUGUGCACUGAAGCGGCAGAUCGGGCGAUCCAGGUCCAUGGCGGUAAUGGAUACUCUAGGCAUUAUCCUUUUGAGCACAUCUGGAGGCAUCACAGGCGGUACAGGAUUACCGAGGGUAGUGAGGAGAUCCAAAUGCGCAAGGUUGCUGCGUACCUGUUUGGCUUUGGCGGUAGGAAAAGCUUAGUGGAUGCCACGAAGGUGGAGUCGAAGCUGUAGCUCUAGAUAAAUCGAGUCGUGAAUUACCGGAGCCAAGCCGAUAUUAUGUAGAUGUUUUUGGGCUCAUGGCCGCCAACUUCGGAGCCAUCGAUUAAAGCCAGGCAUUGCGUCCUUCUCCGUGAUGACAGGUAAGAGGACCACGAUCAGUACGAACCACACACAGAAGCCAGUUAUUCCCAGG